AUGCCGGUGGUUGUUGACUACGUGGAUUUUAGUGUUCUACAGGGAAUGUUACUGCUCGUUGAUGUCAGCAGAGCUCUUCUAAUUGCCGAUUUCGUCUAUGAAGUUAUCAUACAUUUCGUCGCUACUGCCCUCGCAAUCGUCCCCGUGGCUAUCUUCUGCGAAGCUUUCAUGCGUAUAUAUGGUAUCGAAGAUGAUGAUGAUUCAGACGCUUACGAUGGUAGAGAUCAGUUUCCGCCUCAAGACGUACACGAUUCCAAGGAUGACUGA